GUUACCUAGUAAGGGAAUCUUCAUAAGAAUGCGUACUCUCUGGAAACUACUUUUAGAAAAGAGAUGAGCUUCUGUAUUCUUUUUUGCCACCUAAAGUUUAUCCAAACAAGUUGAGUGAAAAAGAUUUUACUGCUUAAAGAACUAUUAAAACGAAAUGAAGUCAGCAAGGUUCGCUUUAAUAUUUGAUAUUGGUUUACUUUUCAUAUCAGCGCGAGCAGUUCAACAAGAAAAAGUCGAUGGUGGUUGGACCAAUUGGAGUAUAAUGUCAGACUCAGACUGUUCAGAACCCUGUGGAGGUGGAGAGCAGACAAGGGUUCGUACGUGCACCAAUCCCAAACCUCAGAACGGUGGAGCAGAUUGUGAAGGUCCCGACAAAGCCACCGUAAAGUGCAACGAGGAAUCUUGUGAAGAAAAGCUGGAGAAUUCUGAAUGGGAAGAGUGGUCCGAAUGCUCCACGACUUGCGGCGUAGGUACCAGAGAGAGAGUCAAAAAAUGUGUUAACGGAGAAGACGAUGGUUAUAAAUGCGAUAAAAUCAAAGACAAAUCUCACGAAGUAGAAAAGUGUGAGGAAUGGUCUCCUUUCGUAAGAGAAAAAUGUCCUGAUCCGUGUGACAAGGAAUCGGAUGAAUACAGUAAUAUUCCCAGUUUGAAGCAUUGUCCAGACAGAGCAAAAUGCACUGAUAACAGUGAUGAUAUGGGACCUAAAAGAGAAUGCAAAUGCGUUAUGGGAUAUCAGCUUGAUGCGAAACAGUGGGCAUGCAAAGCUAAGCCUCCUGAAAAGCCAACGCCUAGACCAAUUCCUACUCUAAGCCCUGUUGAAAAAGUAGUUGCAGUUGUUGUGACGAAAACAGCCAGCACCGUUCUUCUGAUUAUGGUUUCUCUAACAUUAGUGCUUUUCAUACUCAUGAGGGUUUUCACUGUGGAUCGUGUCAUCCAAAUGAAUAUGGAAAUAGCAUUGCUGGUCGCUCAUCUGUUCCUCCUUUUCCCAAAUGAAGUAUCGACAGAUAAUCCUGGCUUGUGUCAAGUCGUAUCCAUUGCUCUACAUUUGUUUUUUACGGCCUGCUUUAUGUUCAUGCUCUUGGAAUCUUUGCACGUUUAUAGUAUGGUGGCGUUUGUUGUACCAAGAAACGGUCUAUUAAACAGAUUUCAAAACAUGCUUGUUGGCUGGGGUGUAUCAGUUCUCAUAAUUGUUGUGAGUGUGUGCUUUUUUUUGGAUGAUUAUGGUGCAUCAUAUCAUUGCUGGCUACAGAUGGAUAAAUACUUGUCUUACCUUGUGAUAGGACCUGUGGUCAGCAUUUGUAUCUUGGAUUUCAUCAUGCUAGAAGCAGCAGGUAAUGCCGAUUUCAAGCCCUUGAAGGUUAUUGACCAUAGGCAGCUUCUUAGUAGCAAAAUCCACCAGAGAUCUAAUCUAAUACUGAUGCCCGUGAUACUGGCUUCUUUUAUCAUCGGAAUGCUUUCAGAUUAUGAGCAGAAUUUAGCUCUUUACAGCGUCUUUUCAAUAUUGAACACAAUAAUUGGAGUACUAGUUUUCUUCUUCCAUACUUUGGGGAAUGAAGAGGUGAGGAAAAAAGUAAAGCAUCUUUUCAAGUGCUGUUUCAAAUCAGAAGAAUAAAAAGGGGCAGCAAAUUUCCAAGAUUUAUUUAAAAUGUGAAAUGCUUAAAGUAAACAGUUUUUGACGAUACACAAUACAUCUUAUCUCAAAUGUAAUCUCUUUGAACUUGUUAAUCUUGGGCACAAGAAAAAAAAAAUUGAAAGAGUAUUAUGUUAAAGAAAAUCAUGAUCUGUUUACCUUUAAAGAACUUAAGAGAACAAACGUUAACUUGACAGAUAUUUUCUUCUUUCAGGGAAGUGGAUUUAAAAUAUUUAAGAGUGUCUAUAUGUCGUGUUGUUUAAUAUUGUUACCAUUUUCUUGUAUGAAAACCAUAUAAAGAUUUAAAAAGUGAUUUUAAUUGUUUGACAUUAUUUGUGAAUUCAAAUGCUUGCAAGAAUUUUGAAUAUUUGAAGAAAGAAUUUCUUUUUGCUUACUUUAAGUUCAUUUUACUAGAGUUUUAUGCUUGUGAAAUUA